AGUGACUGAUCCAACACUCCUCACAUUUCAAAUACUCUCUUGUCUGAAACCCCAAAACCCCACCAAACCUUACAGCUCGCAGCCACCAGCCAUGGCUACAGCUUCACCUCCACCACCAGCAAUGGUGGUCAAGAAUCGCUUUUUCGGGUUCCUAAUAUGGCAAUCGAUUCCCUCUUCUCUCAUCUUUUUCUUCUUCAUAAUCUUCCUAUACCAACUGCCUUCUUCCGCUACUACAAAACCCAGGUUUUCCUUCUUUUUCACUGCCAUUCUUUCAUUUUUGAACUUCAAUCUAGCCCAGCUUCUUUUCUCUACUUCGCUCUCACUCGUCUCCACUCCACAAUCCCACCGUCCAGCCUAUCCUCUCCAGCUCGUGCUCGGCCUUUUUCGGCUUCUCCUGCUUUCCGGCGGCUCUGAUGAGUCUCGAACGACUGAAUUUCGCCUCCGGGCAAAGGUUUCGAUCGGUUUCGUGCUAUUUUCUUUGGGGGCAGCGGUGUCCGGGCUAGUGGCUGUUGCGUCGGUUUGCUGGGUGAGCUCGUUGGCUGGGUUCGAUGAUGGGGUUGGGUUGAUUGGGAGAGUUGAGUUUAGGGGUUUCGUGAUAGGUUUGCUCUAUGGACUGCAUUAUGUUUACAAUCGUCGGUGGGUCUUGGAGUUCCCCAUCAUUCAGCGCCGACCUAUCUUCAGCUUCAAGAUGGGGCUCCCUUCUGCUACUACUCGAGCUUUGAGGCUUUCAAGUGUUGCUUAUGUAUUAUCAACAGGCGUGGUAGCAUUUCUGCCAGAUCAAUUAACAGGCCAGGUUACUGUGGGAAAGUUCAUUUGUGAGCAAAUCAUAUUUUUCCUUGGAGGUUUUGCAGUGUUUCUCAGCUGGGAAUUAAGUCAUCACUUACAUCGGGUGUUGCAUACAAAGAGGUUUGUAUUUGCCCCACCCAAGGGAUCAGCAGCAGCAGAAACAAAUCCGAGUGAGCCUCUCCUUGCAGCACUGGAGGAGAGCAACCCGAGGUCUUAUCUUCAGUAUCUUGCAUAUCUUGAUCUCUGCAUGGUUUGUGAGAAUAAUGUUGAUGUAUGGCGGAGGGCUGCCUUUUUCGAGGAAAGUGGUGAAACUUACAAAAGAGUGAUAGCUGUAGGCUUGAGGCCUCUGGAUCAUCUUGCGUCUAAACUAUCUGAAGCUUUGGAAAGUACUGAAAAUAAUUCCCAACUAUCAAAUCAGUUACUUUCACCAACUGAUGUACGGCCAGAUCCAAAUUGCUCUGAAUUGCUUAACAACUUCCAGCUAUAUUUAUGGUGUGCCAGAAUGGUUGCAUCACUGACUGCUCGCUCUCAUCAAGAGGAUAGAUAUGGCGUUGCUCAGCUCUCUGGUAGUAAUGCAGCCGUGAUCUCUACAUUGCUCUCUUGCCUUCUUGCCAUUGAAUCAUUCAUGGGGAGGAACAUCAACGUGCAAUCCCCUAAUAACUUGAUGGGACCAGCUGGUAUAAAGUGGGCAACAUCAAGCAUGAGAAGACCAGAGGUUGGUAUCCGUAAAAAGAGAGGUGGCCUUGUACAUUCAAAGGCGUAUGCUAUUGCCGAUGUUAUGAGGACGUCAAUCUACCACAUUGUGUCAGGUUUCCACGACGAAAUGGUGGCUAGCGCAAAAUCAGGUCUUCUAGAGAAAGAUUGGAUCAUUACCAACAAGCCUCCAUUUGGCAGCCGUGACCUGCUUUCGCAGAAGCUGCGCCUCUUCCUUGAUUUCCGAGCUACCUAACUGUGAGUUUCCUAGGGUUAAAACUUACCAUGCUCUUCUUUCCCCUUGCUCCUUAAUAUAUGCCAUAGAUGAAGAAGUAAAAAGGGGGUCUUGUUUCUUACCCCUGAGGAGUCGAAGGUUGUAACAUGAAUGAGAGACUAUUUCAAUUUUGUUUCUAAAUGAAAAUGUCAAAGGUCUAAAUUUGACCCUCUGAUUGUGUGAUUAAUUGGAACACUGCACUGGUUCUUUAUGCGGAAAUGAAAAGUCAAAAUGAGGUUUUUAGGCAAAA